UCGAUUAUUUUUUGAGAACUGAGAUCCGAACAAGGCAAGAUGGUUACCGCUGCAGGGGAGGAAGAGGCCCCGUACGCCAUUUUCUUGGGAUGUUCGGGGGCUGCUAUCGCGAUCAUAUUCACAACUCUGGGAGCUUCUUACGGGACUGCUGUCUCCGGCGUUGGCAUUGCCAGUAUGGCAGUGAACCGACCCGAAAUUAUCAUGAGGUCCAUUAUACCGGUCGUCAUGGCCGGGAUUAUUGCGAUCUACGGCUUGGUGGUUUCGGUGCUGAUAGCCGGAUCGAUUGGCGAUGACUACACAGUGCAAACGAGCUUUGUUCAUCUGGGCGCCGGCUUGUCCGUAGGACUGCCUGGACUUUCGGCCGGGAUAGCCAUUGGAAUUGCCGGAGAUGCCGGAGUUCGCGGAACCGCCGAGCAGCCACGCCUCUUCGUGGGCAUGAUCCUGAUCCUGAUCUUCGCCGAGGUGCUGGCUCUAUACGGCCUCAUCGUGGCCAUCUAUUUGUACACUAAACUCUAAAAUGCUUGCAUUAUGUCAGCGUUAAUAAUUGUCAAAUAUCACGCACGAAUUGAAAAACGGUAUUAAAAUGUUUGAUUUAAAA